GUAAAGAAACCAGAGGUAAACAAAAUUUGUUACUCUAACCAUGUGUUAAAUUCAUUGAGUUUAUUUCAAUUAUUCAAACGUUAUUUCUAAUUGUGUUACAAAAUGGUUAAGCUUGACGCAGAUUUGUUGAAAUAUUUAGAAAGUGAUGAUUUUCGAGUCUUGACUGCUGUUGAAAUGGGAAUGAAGAACCAUCAACUGGUACCUGGUUCUUUAAUCGCUUCUAUUGCCAGUUUACGUGGUGGUGGUACCUCUAAAAUACUCCAUAAUUUAACUAGAAAUAAACUACUAGUUUAUGAAAGGGGUAAAAAGUAUGACGGUUAUAGAUUGACUUUUCAUGGUUAUGAUUAUCUUGCUCUUAAUGUUCUCAGUCAUCGUAAAAUUAUUACGCAUAUUGGAAAUCAAAUAGGAGUUGGUAAAGAAUCUGAUGUUUAUAUUGGAGCUAAUGAUGAAGGAGAAAGAUUUGCUAUCAAGCUUCAUCGUUUAGGUCGAACAUGUUUCCGAAAAGUUCAUGAUAAACGAGACUAUCAUAAAGGUAAAAUUCACAAUUGGAUUUAUAUGUCAAGACUCUCUGCGAACAGGGAAUUCUCUUUCCUAAAAGCUCUCCAUGAAAGAGGUUUUCCAGUGCCUAAACCUAUUGAAAUAAAUCGUCACUGUAUUGUCAUGGAGUUGAUUGAUGGAAAGCUAUUGAGCCAUGUUGCCGAUAUCGAAGAUAAGCCGGCUCUUUACGAGAAUUUGAUGAACUUGUUGCUUUCUCUUGCCAAUGAUUAUGGUGUUGUCCAUGGUGAUUUUAAUGAGUUCAACAUAAUGCUUGAAAAUGAAACAGCAAAACCUAUUUUAAUCGAUUUUCCACAAAUGAUCAGCACCAAUCAUAAAAUGGCAAGAGAGUAUUUUCAAAGAGACGUUGAUUGUAUUGUUAGUAUUUUCAAAAGAAAAUAUCACUUUGAAAGUGAAGAGAUACCAAACUUCGAUAAGGAUGUCAUCGUUAACGAAAAUGAUGAAGGAAUAAUAAACAAAUUAUCAGCUGAAGCUAACGAAUACGAGCCUGUAAUCAACGAUAGUUAUGUGGACAUGGAUUCUGAGCAACCGAAAUAUUCUCAAGAAAAUUGUGAUGACUCGAAAGAUAAAGAUACACAUCAUGAUAAGUCAGAUACAAAUGAAAACAAUGGAGAAAGAAUAAAAAUCAUCGACCAAAAUAAUUCAGUUAUAUCUGAAAGACAAACUAGUUAUAGUUUCAGUUCCGAUGGAAGCUAUGAAGAUUCCAAAAUGCCAGCUACGGAUGGUUCAAAAGCGACUUAUUCGGUUGCAGGAAGCACUUUCACGACUGAAGAAAUAAAAGCAAAAGUGAAAAAAGAAUUCGCCAAUCGCAUCAGGCGUGAGGAAUUGCGAACAGCAUCUAAAAGUAUCAAAGGAGAAGAUUCUGCCGUUCGAAGACAAAGACGUGACAAUAGUCUAAGAAUUAAGGAAGACAAAGCUUUCGGAAAUCAAGAUUGGUUUGUACAGUAAAUUGUGCAAUAAAUUAAAAUCAUUGAUAUUUUCAAGUAAAAUUUGAUUUUUGAGAUUUUUUGGAACGGUAUAUCGCUUGGAAUAAUGAACAAAGUUAUCGUUGUGAAUGUGCUGAAUUUUAUAUUAAACUCAAUUGUGAUAACUUUUGAAAAUCGA